AUGGCAAAAUCAAUUCUAUUUAACAUUGUUGCUGAAUUUUUGACGAGGAUAGGCUCUCAUGUGGUUCGGGAAGUGUCCUCAUUGUGGAAUCUUGAAAGUGACUUAGAAAGCCUUGCAGGAACCUUAAGCACUAUCCAAGCCAUCCUCUUGGAUGCUAAGAAAAAGGAGGCACAAGAUUAUCAGCUGCAUGACUGGCUUGGGAAGCUUAAGGAUGUUAUCCUUGAUACUAAGGAUGUUUUAGAAGAAUUUGAGUUUCAAGCUCCCAUGAAGGUAGUGGUGAGACAAAAGAGGAGCACAUUAAGAAAGGUAAGUCAAUGCUUUUCAAGCUCUAAUCCUGUUGGUUUUCGAUAUGAAAUUAGUGAGAAAAUCAAGCAGAUUAAAAAAAGACUUGAUCAAAUCAUAGGUGAUAGGAGUAGAUUUUCUCUUAUUAAGAGUAUUCUUGCUGAAGUUAGGCAUGUAAUUCCAAAGGAGAGGGAAACUGGUCCCUUACUGGGAGUUCCUUUUAUUAUUGGACGAGAGCAUGAUAAAGAAAAGAUCAUAAGCUUUUUAAUACAACAAACCGACAAUGAUGUCUCUAUCAUUCCAAUAGUUGGAAUUGGGUUCGGAUUAAUGAAAGAAAUUAUUAAUUCUGCAAUAGAUGAGGAUUGUAUUAGGUUAAAAGGAGAUGAAAUUCCUAAGCAUUUGCAGGAAAUUUUGACGAGUAAAAGGUUUUUGCUUGUCUUAGAUGAUGUCUGGAAUAAGAGGCUAAUGAAAUGGUUGGAAUUGAAAGACUUACUAUUGAAUGGUGUCAAUGGAAGUAAAAUUAUUGUAAGCACACGAAGUAAUAAAGUUGUAGAAAUAAUGAGCAUUAGUCCUUUACAUUUUAUGCAAGGUCUUUCCAAUGAGGAAUCCUUGUCAUUAUUUAAGAAGUAUGCAUUCAAAGAUGGAGAAGGGAAAGAUUUUCAAAGGCUCAUUAAAAUUGGGGAGGACAUUGUAGCAAAAUAUAUAGGAGUUUCGUCAGCUAUGAGAUCUUUAGGGGGAGCUUACUUUAUGCAAACACGGACGAAGGAUUAUCAAUAUUACAUUGGUCACAUAGCCCAAUAUUGGAUGGCACUUGGACUUCUUAAAACCUCUGAUAAAACUGAAGAGCUAGAAGAUGUUGCUAAUCAAUAUAUGAAAGUUUUAUGGUCAAGGGGUUUCUUAGAGGAUUUCUUAGAUUAUGGUUUUUGUAUUGCAUUUAAAAUGCAUGAUCUUGCAAUAUCAAUGAUAAAAGGUGAGUCCGCAUUCAUAAAUUUCGGAAGCCAAAAUGUUGAUGCGAAAUCUCACCAUUUUUCACAUGGGGACACAGAGUUAUGUGGUCAAGAAUUUCUACAACUCAUAAUUGAUAACUCAAGGAGUGUUUGA